UUAACAAAAAUAAAGAGAAAAACCCUUGGUACCUUUUUCGAUCAGGCAGAUCUCAAUAAGACCGAGGAGGUGAUAGCGGCGUUGGAAAGCCUUCACCAGCAGCCCCAGGUCUGGGACUUCCUGCUUUUCCUGCCCAGGCUGUACGCACACCAUGUCCCCAUCGACGAUGGCCUCCGCAGUGCUGUCCACCUUCUCCAGGCUGUCUUGAAUUCCUUAGCGUCUCUGGAAGAUCUAGAUUGGCUGCCACUCAACCCUGCUACCUCCAGGGUUUCCAAAAUGGUGCUGAAGGUGACCAUUUCCGCGCUGACAUUCCUGCAGGAACAUGGAGUGGCAGCCGCAGAGCUGGGGAACGGCCUGUCCCUGCGCAGCCUGCUUCGGGACCCGCAGGAGGUGCAGGCGGACCUGCAGUCCCGGUUUGGAUUUGACGACCUCCACGCGGAGCAAAUCCUGAAUUCCUCGGCUGAACUGAACGAGAUUCCCACAGACCGUUGGUUGGAGCGGAUGGUGUGCUCAGCCUUGGCCCGCGCCUCCAAGGACAAAGCUGACGGGGAGGGUCACCCUGGAGACUGUCACGCCAGCUGGUCAGCAGCCAAAACCUACCUGGUCCACACGGUCAGCUGGCUGCAGGUCUACGAACAGGUGCUCCGUCGGUGGCGGGAGGGCGGCGGAGGCCUGGCGGCGCUCAGGAGCCCGCUGGAGCGACACCGCUCCCUGCAAGAGGUGGCGGACGCUUUGCAGGCUGGGCUGCUCCUGCUGACGGGCAGCGCGACAACGGAAGGCCCCGGCAGCCACGCUCCGCCAAACGCGGUCUUAAAUGCCACAAAGGAACAUCUCAUGAAGGAAAAGAAGUUGGAUGCCCUUGAGGAUGAGCAUAUGAACUUUCUUUUGUCCUUUGUGGAAUUUUUGGAGAAAUUGUUGUUGCCUAACCCUUUUGACUCACCCAGCGGUCCCACUGAGACUCUUCUCAAUGCCAGUCAUUCCUGGAUAAAUCACUUAAAGAAUUUAGGAAGAGAGCCAUCUGGUUUCCAUGCUCAGAAACUUUUGGAAUUUGGCAAAGAGGUGAUUGAAAAAAUGCACACUCUUAAAAAGAAGGAAUCAAGCUAUAUUUUGAGAUUUAUGGAAACAGUACUUUCUGAAAUUAACCCCAAGCUCCUGGAAUUGUGGCCGUACGGCAUUUCCAAAGGAAAGAGAACUGAAUUCAAAAACUUGUCUACACUUUCAGAUGUUUCUGUUCUAGAAAAUGAGAGGAUUCUUAGUAAAAGCUUUAAUUUUUCCAAGUUGUUUCACUCGGAUUGGCCUGAGUCACCAGCUGUGGAAAUGGAUUUUGUUCGUCUAAGUGAAUCUAUAAUCCACAGUCUCUAUGAACUUGGGUUCCUGAGGCAGGAGCAAGUCUCGGAGGCUCUGGCCACCGUCUAUGCUGUGAGGAAUGCAUCUGCUCUUUUCUCGGCCCUUUCUGAACCGCAAAAACAAGAAGUUGAUAACAUUUUGACUCAGAUCUAUCGAAAUGUCUUUAAGGACCCAGAUUCAGCUUUUCUUCUGCAGGUUUAUUCUUCAUUUCACCAAUACACUGACAGAUUAGUGGGCAUCCAGAGGAGAGAGUCUUUGCUCUCUUACCUGACUCAAACCUCGAAGCACAUUUUUGAGAUUAUGAAGCAAUUUAAUUUUCAAAAUAUCAGCAAAGCAUUUGCAUUUUUAUAUGAGACAACAGAACUUCUUGGGGGAAUUUCUGAAGUAUCUUAUUGUCAGCAAUUGCUUUCAGUUUUCAACUUUUUGGAGCUUCAAGCCCAGUCCCUGUUGUCUGCAGAGCGCCCAGAGCUGGAAGUGAUCCACGCUACUUUGACCGGCCUCAAACAGCUGCUCAUGGGGGAUGAAGAUUUUCGUAUUUCUUUAUUUCAGUAUGUGAACCAGCUCUUCAACAGUUCAGUAGGAACCCUGUUGGGUAAUGAAUGCUUUGCUUUGAAUAAUAAAAUCACUUCUUCUAUGAGUUACUCAGUAGAUGGAGGGCCUCCACUUACUCUUCUGUGGGCACAGAUUCAUUCAAACCUCUCCGCAGAUGGCAGCGUGCUCAGUGAGCGGAUGGCUGUUCACUGUUCCAUUUCGUGGCUUCAGGCGUGGACUGAAAUCUGGGGAAGUGCAGCUCAGAUGUUGGAGCUGGAUGUGAAUGUUUUCACUCCUCUUCAUAUUGCUCUUACCCAGCUUUUGGGUGAACUGGAAAGUGAUGUGAAAAUUUCUAAAAGCUGCCAGGGAAUAUUUCCCAUUCAUCGCCCUGCUACACUCAUAUUAAACCUGCUGAAAAACAUGACUCAAGGUGGCGGCUUCCAUGACCGGGACGAUUUUCGGGAUCUCAGGGCCCUCUGGGGAGCAGUACGUGAUGCAUUGGUUAGAGUCAAGUUGCUCCUCCCGGACCAGGUGGAGAAAUCCCUUUCCACCCUGGACACCGCCCUGAGUCAGCUGCAGGCAUUUCCGCUCAACACAAGAGCAGGCAGGGAGUUUUUGUAUUCUGUGCUCAAUGUGUUCACAGGGUUAAGCAAUACCUCAGGCUAUAGAGACAGACAUACACACUUGAUCAAUCACUUCCUUUUAAAUAACCUCACGGAUUAUGAAGUAAACUCUGAAAGCAUCAUCACUGACCUAAGAGAAACAAUAUUAUUUCUUAGAAAUGUGUCACAUGACCAUACUUUAUUGUCCUGUGCUGAUAGUUUCCAAAACAUCACUGAGUUUAUUUUGGAAGAUGGCUUAUUACAUGUAAAUACUUCACAGAGGGCGUUACGUAUUCUGGCCACGUUAAAUUCCUUCUUUUCCUCCGAGGACAUCAUGAGUAGACUGAAAGGAUGUGUUGAGUGGGUGGACAUCUUCAAUCAUUCGUAUGUGGCCUAUAACCCUAGUUUUUCACAAGGCCCUCUUCAGGGUGUUUUGAAGCACUUCAGUGAUGUGGAAAACAAAAUUAACUCUACAUUGACACUUGUUACUUGGCUGUUGGAUACAGUGGAAUCUGGUUGUUCGUUGAAUAAGUCAAAUAUAAAUUGUAUGGCUAUUUACUUAAAAAAUGUAACUGACUUCCUAAAUGUUAUACUUACAGCAGUAUUUGAAAAAGAGAAGGCACCAAAAUUGGAGAUUUUAUUAACUCUUUUAAAUAAUUCCACAAACCAAGUAAGUAUGCUUAUCAACAACUUAACAAGAGACUUUGAAUUUGCAUCUCAAUCCAACUGGAAACAUUUUACUGAAUUAAUUCUAAGACCCAUAGAAAUGUCAGAAGAAAUUCCUAGCCGAUUUCAAAAUACUUGGCUGCAUUUAGUAGAUCUGGGGAAAGAAAUUCAAGAACUUGUGAAAGAUAUUUUCCCUAACAUUCUGGAAAAUAACUUCUCUUCUAAAGCUGAAAAGUUCUUAAACGUAUUUACUGCCAGUCCAAAGGAAAAGGAUAUACAUCGUUUAGGUAAUUCACUUUUUCAUUUAGCAAGUUACCUUGUCUUCAACUUAUCAGAUGAUCUCCAAAAUUCACCCCAAAUAAUUCCACAUGAAAUAAUGAGAGCUGUGGGUCUUGGUAUUCAAUUGAUUAGGGAUGUGUUCAACUCCCUAAUGCCCCCAGUCCAUCACAAUAUUCCAGAAGAUCCAGGUAAUAAUAAAGUUUUAAAGAAGAUAGCUUCUUUCCUGCUCACCCUAAAGAAGACCGACAUAGACCUUCUGGUAGACCAACUCGAACAAGUUGGUGAAAGCCUAAUGGAUUUUAUAAAGAAUAUCAGUAGACCAGGUACUGACAGUUUGGGGGUCAAGUUGCUUGUUGGCUUGAUGGAGAAGUUUGUAGACAGCUCCCAUUCUUGGAAUGUCAAUCAUCUGCUGAGGCUGUCACGCCUGUUUCCCAGAGAGGACGUGGAUGCGGUGGUGGGUCUGUACUAUGCCCUCCCUCACGCUGUGAGACUCCUGCAGAGAGUGGUGGACAAGAACGUCACCAACGCCCUCAAGGAUGUCUACGAUUUCACAGUCCUUCACGGCAUAGGCAUUUCUCAUGUCAAGGAAGACUUUAUGUUUGUGAUGAAAACUCUCCUGGACACCAUUGAAUUAGUGUCAGAUAAGCCAGGGGUUCUUGCCCAGGUUGUAACUUGCCUUCCUGUGGUUUGGUGCCAGAAUUACACAAUAUCUGCAUUUCAGCAGGAUCCAGAGUUAGAGGCCUGUAAUGGCCGCUUUUACAGCAAAGUGGCUAGUAUACUUGACCGCCUCCACCUGUCUCCCCCGGGUGAAGUUUCCCAAUGUUCAAAUGAAAGCUCACGGAUGGAAAUAACUAAGAAAAUGGUCUGCGUAACUCAUGAGCUAGUGGACUGGAGCUCCAUUCUUCUAGAGCUGUCUGAAGUCUUCCACGUGAAAACCUCGCUUGUGAAAACUGUGCAAGAAUUUAGGCGGAAGGUGUUUCCAUUUGUCCUCUCUGGAAAUCAGAGCAAGGGUAGCACCUCUGGACUCUGUCCCCCUGGCCCCCUGAAGCAGGUUGCUUUACAAAUCAUAGAAAAGUUUAGAAACGUCAGUUUUACAAAAGCUACAUCAGAUGAAAACAUUCUUGAUAACUUAGCUCUUUUAAACAGGAUCCUUAACAAUGAAGGCGCAGAGGCAUCUCUUAGGAACCUCCCCUUAAGUUUGGGAAGGGUGAUACAGUCACUUUCUGGGGAUGAGAGCCUAGGAAAUAGUACUCGCUCUGUAGUCUCUCUAUUCAUGACGUUUUUGAAUGCAAACCUAGGAAGGCAUUUCGAAGCACUAUCAAGUUUUAUUAAAAAGAGUAAAACAGCUUACAAGUUUGAAGAUCUGUGGCUUGAGUCUGAACAAGCCAUGAAAGAUCCAAACCUCAAUUUCAAGACAAGAAUCCUGUUCUCUAAAAUAAAGGAAGAGAUUCCAAUGAUUAACUCAGUGGCUCUUCAGAAAAUGACUGAGCAACUUGUCCACAUUUUGGAAAGCCCGAAUUCAUCAUCGUUGCCGUCAUCAGAAACGACCGGAGGUUUUCCAUCCGUCACAAAAAACUGGCUUCGUAAACAUGCAAGUGAAGAACACUCCAGAAUAAUACAAAUAUUAUUCCUCCUUCUGGCCAGUGAGAGUUCAACAUUGACUAAAGAUAUUAAUACCUUUUUGGAUUAUCUCAAAAACAUUUCCAGAGGAGAUGAUUCUCACAUUGACCUUCUUGCUCAACUGGUAAACCAAGAACAGUCAACCAAUUUCUCAGUUGCUAGGUUGCUUUUGAAAAGCUUCCUGAUUAAUUCAGUCAAUAACUUAGCUGCGGGCUCUCGACAAGCAACCUGGAACUUAAGUGACACUGACCUUCAGAUCCUGAAUCUCAUUAACCUCACCUUGAACCAGACACCGUUAGAAAAGGGUGAGAGCGUACUUCUCCCUCCAGGAGGCAUGGUGGAGUCCAUGGGACAGCUUUUGAAAACAUUCUUCACCUUUUUAGAAAAGGAAAAUUCUGAGAACAAAACAUCUCUUUUGCCGAAAGACCUCCACGACAUCGUUGCAGAGAUGAGCUUUGUCCCAAAGGAUAAAGUUUUAGAAAUUCUGAAAGUGGACCAAUUUCUUACCUACAUGAAAGAAGAAAAAUUGAUGAGCGUUUUUUCAAGUUUAAAGGAGACUAUAUAUCACCUAAUCAAAGGAUGGUUCAUGUCAGACCACACAGACCUUUAUUUUGAUAAUCACCGAGGAUGGAAGUUCCUGCGAGAUUUAUUUAAUGCUCUUCUAAGCAAAACUUCUGUGAAAAAUAAGACUGAAAAUAAUUUGGAGUUUCUUACCCAGGUAAGUCAGUUGUUUUUCCACAUGAAUAGUUCUGCAAACCUCUCCCAGCUCAGCCACCAGCUCCAGGCAGCUCUUCACCGCAUGCGAGAAGCCUCAGUAGAGAUAGCAACUGUUAAGGAUUCUCUUUUAAACUCUCCCAACCAGGACCUCCGUGCCUCGUGUCCUUCCCUCCGAGAGGUUCUAUUUGCUAACCUGACCAAUCUGCUUUCCUUCACAAACCACUCAUUCCCUCUAAGAAACAGAGCAACAUUCGAAACUACUAAGAGCUUUCUUGGUGUUACCUCAAGAGCUGGUGGAGGACAUCCCGUCCCGGAACCCCUCCCGGAAAUGCCUGGUGCUCUGGGCCUGCUGGUGAGCGCAGGUGCGGAAAUGAGGGAUCUGGCCGUGGCUGUGAACUCCACUGUGGCGCUGCUCCAGCUCGCCAAGAAAGUUUCCCGGAAGGUGGCCGCUGCGUUGGAAACUCAUCCUGUCUCGGGCACCAAUGACACCAUGAAAUUCGUUGAUUCUCUGUAUUCCAUUUUGCAACAGAAUGUUGGAAAUGUUGUGAAUGAAAUAACUGCUUUGAAAAAAGCGGAUCAGUUAGUAUUUGAAAAUAUAAAUGACUUGUUGAUGCCAUUUCUGGACUUGGCCUUUGGGAUGAUUGGGAUCAAACCUAAUAUUUCCCAAGACUCUGGUAUUUUCAAUGUGUCAUCCAGCAUAUUGUCCUAUGUGAACCAGUCCAGGGACUUUUCUGAUAUUUCAGAAGAAAUUGCAGAAUUUUUAACUUCUGGGGAAAUCAAUUUGGGAGACAUGGAACAUCUUCUGGUAGCAAUUAACAAUGGAACUCAAGUAUUUUCCAUGGAUUCUGUCAGCGUAUGGGAAGAAAUCCUAGAUUGCUUAAUUUCUAUAAAUCACAUCACCAACCAGACAGACUUCCUACGUCCGAAUCCCGUUUCCACGCGUGGUUUCCCUUGGGAUGCUCACGCAGUGGCCCUGGUUUUGGAUGAAAUGUGGUCACGAGACAGCACAGACAUGGGGCCCCGCUUGGGAGUGGUGGCUGACCUGGCCGUGGCUCUGUGGGGUCCCUUAGAGAAGGACGACUUGAAUGUUUCUCAGCUGUGGCUGACGUGGGCUCAGCAUGCAGACGCCCUUUUGAAAGCCGUGGGGACAGCUGUGGAGGUCGCCCGUGGAGGCGCCGGGAGUGGAGCCUGGGCUUUCACCUCCUCUCUGAUUCGGGCAGUGACGCCUCGGCACCUGGAAAAAGCCGCCCGGAGCGUGCUGAGCGGGGCAGCGCUCCUGCGGAAAGAGCUUCUCUUGAACAACCCUCAGUGGACAAGUUCCGCAGAAACUGUGCUCCAGCCCGUCCUGGAGCUUUUUCUUAAUGCAGCCGCUGGGAAGAGUGUCACGCCAGAGAAAGGGGAGAAGGCCCAGCGAGAGAGGACCGCCUCUCCUGACCUGCUCGCACCGGCACCGGCACUGGCACUGGCACCGUGUGAGAGCUGCGUGAAGGGGUUAAUUGCGUGGACGGAGUCCUGGCAGGAAGUCCUGGCAGAUCAAAGUGUUGCCAGAAUGUGCCGGGAUUCCCAGCCGCCCUGGAAGCCCGCGGGAGCCGUGGGGACCCUGCAGAGAGCGGGGACGCUGGUUCUGCGUGUGCUGCUCACGCUCACAGAAAACCCGUCCUUGGCCAGCGAUGCCCUGUGUGCUGCUCGGAGCUGCCAGCCAGGUGGGAUGAGGUGGCUCAUUGUGUCUGCUCUGCAGGGGGUCCCUGUGCUGCAUGACCUCUACCAGGACCUGGAGAAGGUGUGGUCCGCGCCCCGUCAGCUGGACUGUGAGGGUCUCCGCAGGAACCUCUCCCGCUCCCUGCGGCGCUUCAGGAGCCACCUGGAGAGCGCCGCUGCCCGGGGCUGUGCGUGCCCGCCCGCGUGGGACCGGACCCCGCGGCGCCUGCACACGUUGGCCCAGAGGCUCGAAAAGAUUUUGUUUCCUGGGAAUUUGAUGAUGACUUCUAGCAGUCUCACAGGAGCUGUGGAUGUGAGAGUGAGAGACGUGAUGAAGAACGUCACCGCCUUCACCGAGGAGCUUCGCUCUGCCCCCCUCUCAGACGACACCAUCAGCAGUAUUUUGGAAGCAAAUAUUUCCCGCUCACAGGUCCUGUCCGGCGCCCUGACGGUGGCUCUGUCCGGGAGAUGUGACCAGGACGUGCUGCGGCUCCUGCUGGCCUUUCCCGACGGACGGGAAGGCUGGCUUGCCACUAAGGAGCUGUGUGGCCUG